CGCGAGAAAUACAUUAAAAAUCACAGCAACCAUCUAAAGAUUUUGCUAUUAAACCAUGCUUGGAUUACAUUUUCUUACUCUGUGUAUAUGUGCUGCCGUUGUUCUAGCCGAAAACCAUGUUUUAGAGAAAUACGGAGAAGAUGAAGAUAUACGAACGAUGUUAACUGAUAAUGUAGAAUUUGGAGAAGGUGCAAUGGAAAAGCGUGCUCCAAAGAAACGAGGAAUUUCGUCGAAAACGAAAAAUGCGUUGCUUAAUGUUCAUAACAAAUUCAGAUCUAUGGCCGAUGGUCCUGCCUCGGACAUGGAAGAAAUGCUUUGGGACAAUUCACUAGCAGAGAUGGCACAAAAAUGGGCAGACAAAUGUGUCUGGAAGCACGGUAACCCUACAAAUACCUCCCCAUACCCAACAGUAGGUCAAAAUUUGGCGUUUGGAACCAAACGAAUUAAACCAGAGAUACUAGCCUCCUGGUGGGUCAGAUGGGAGAAACCUCACUGGAACCUCAAGGAUAAUACUUGCGCAAAGGGAAAAGUUUGUGGACAUUAUACGCAGCUAGCUUGGGCCCAGAGCAAGUACGUUGGAUGUGGUGUUAACGUCUGUAAAAAGCUUUCAGGCUCAGGAAAGGACCAAGAGGCUAAAUACUUGGUCUGCAAUUACGGCCCAGCUGGUAACGUAGGUAAAUUGCGUCCAUAUAAAGUCGGAGAUAAAUGCACUGAAUGCGCCUCAGGCAAGGGAACGUGUCGAAAUGGAUUGUGUAGUACUUGUGAUGUGUCUGAAAGCGGCUGUGAGUGUGCCAUCAAGAAAUGCCAGAAUGGCGGAACUUUGAACAGACGAGAUUGCUCAUGCUCUUGCCGUGAUGGCUACACCGGUGCUACGUGUUCAGACACUUGCAAAAACCUCGACGAUCGGUGUGCCAAUGGCUGGCCAAUAAAUUGGUGCUUCAAGUCAGACGAUAAUGUACCUGUUGAACAGUUGUGUCCCGCGCUUUGUGGACUGUGUCAAUGCGAAAAUACACCAUGCGAAAAUGGCGGAGUACGGGAUCCACAAACUUGCAAAUGUAAAUGUAAAGGAGAUUGGUCUGGUGAAACAUGUUCAAAAUGUAAUUUGGAUUGUGGCGACGGAUCUGUCAAUAAGAAGACGUGUGAGUGUGAAUGCCCAGCUGGAUAUUUUGGACCAGACUGUCAAGGUCGAUGUGAAAAUACAGAUUCGACUUGUUGGACUGGGUGGUUCCCGGACUGGUGUAACGACAAGUACCCGUAUGUACCUGAAAAUUGUCCAGCUAUGUGCCAAUUAUGUGAUAUUCCCAAACAACAGAAAAACAAAGUUUCUAAAUUAUCGAAAAGCAAAUGCAAAGACAACGAUGUAUGUAUGUUCUUUGGCGAAAGUUACUGUUCCAUCUCGGACUACGCCUUCAACCAAUGUCCAAAGACUUGUAAGAAGUGCUGAAAUAACAAGCUUAUUGUAAUUGGUUAACGCUGAGUCACGUGAUGUCAAAGCUUCGCGUUCAUUUGCUUAAAGAUAGAUAGCUAGUUGGUCAAACGAAGAGUUACAGGAAAUACAAUUUCCAAAUACUUCUUGUGAAAAGAUUAGUAAAUAAAAAUAAUAGGCACAAUUAAUUCAAGAGUAAGUUUAUCCUUUGUGAUCAAGCAAUUGCUUAAGCAACUUAGUAGAUCGCAACACGAUAGGGCCUGCAUGUUUUAAAUCACAUGCCUGCUUUAUGUCAAAUGGUUUAUAAUAGGCCUAUAAAACAUUUCCUACGUAAAAACACGUGUGAUUAGUAUAUUUAUAUAUUAUAGAUUAAGAUGUAUGUUUAUGUUUGUAUAUAAAGAUUAAAUACGAAUAUUAGAAUGUAUAUUUUAAUUUUUAAUAGGAACAGUUUACAAAAGCCACGCCUAAGCUAACGAUAAAGUUCGCUCAAUGUAAUCCUUUAUUAAACCUGUGCUAUUCUGUAAAUUUAUAGGGUGAAUGUAACCGACUUAGUUUCUGAUUAUCUGUAAGUCCUAGUCGGCGAUGGGAUAUGGUACAAGGUUAUUUAACUCCUUAUUUUCGCCUCAUUAAGUGACGUCACUAUUCUCACACACUAUUUAGAUUUUUAUGUUUAUAUCGUGAUGAAAUUUACGCACAUAUGGCGCAAUGUGUGCACCGAUGCGUAUUGUAUUGUCGUUGACGUAAAUGGUAAAUGCGUAUUAAACUCCUCUUUGAUAUUAUUUCGUUUUAUAUCUAUAAUGGACUCAGAUGUUGCAGUCUAACACCAACCAAUAUUUCGAUAAAGUCCAUGGAGUAAUCAAGACUGAUGGAUUUAUUUAGAGCCGUGAGCAUCAGGUUCUUGGCUCCAUCGUUGUUUCACCCGUUAUUUAGUUGCGUCGUUUCAAUAUUAAUGGAACCAACCCUUGUUAGUUAAAAGAAAAAAUCAACCGCCUAGGCGCAUUGGACUAUUUUCAUGAAAGCUGCUAAUGAAAGACCAUAAGCAAAUUGGUAGUCAUAUCAAUUCUCUUAAGCUUGGUUUCCAUACAAUCGCCACACGCUAUCGCCGACAGCUUUCGGUGAUGCUGAUUGGUCGGUCGAAUCGGGAAGCCUUCCCGAUUGCGUCGGGACUGCUACGAAGUACAACGAUUGCACUCGAAUCAUUGUAGCGACUGUGUAGCGAUUGUAUGGAAACCAAGUUUUAUAGUCCUGCUUAAAAGCAGGACAUAUAGGCCUACUACUUUUUGCUUGAUAUACAAUUUGGUCAGACUUUUAAGAACACACGGUUUGUUCGAUCAGAUAUGUCUACAACAAGCAUGCUAUUAGAAAGUCUGAUAAAGAUUCUCGGUUGAGUCUGGUAGACAAAAGCUAUAAAGCGAUCGUGUAUGCUUUAAAUUUUAUAGAUGUUGCUCAAAUAGUAUGGGUGUAUCGAACUUCAUUGGCAUAUUAUACAUGCAAUAAACAUGUUUAAAAAACAGACACGUUUACUCAAAUUCUGUUAAUGCGAUAAAACACUAAUCGAUGACACUUUAUGCGAGACAUUAUCCACGUCAUAUGAUUACUUGGCCUAAAUAAUGAGCAAAAAUCACAUUAACUUCCUUGCACUUGUUAGAUUAUUUUUGUUUCUAUCCAUUACUGGCCUACAUAGGCCUAAUGCGCAAGUCACAUAAACUUACUUAUCACGUUAUAUUAUUGUGUGUUCUCUCGAGUAUUAAUAAAUAUUGAUAAAACGUUAAAAUUGUGUAAUCUUUAGUUAAAUGCUGCCAUAGAUACACGAAAUGUCUCUUCCUACAAGCUUAAAUUGGUUUCGGUUAUUUUAAAAGUUUUUUCCCAUA